GGGGACGACGGGAACGAACACGGGGCACAGACGAGACGAUUUCAAGGCUUCGUCUAGAAAGGUGGGAAUGAUGCCGUUCCCCGGGUAGACCGGGGCAUCGGGGCUGGAUGCCGGCAGCAUUCUGGUCUUCUGGGUGGAUGUCAUUGUCUUGUCUCGCGACAGUCGAGCGGCACGUCAGCGGGCGCUCGUGAAGUGGAGGGAUCAUGGAUGGAGACGGGACUGGACCGGCUCCUCUCCGUAUGCGACAACCCGAACUUUUGGAGCUUACUAGAUCCCUGGUGCGAUGGUGUGCGACUGGAUGAUUCAUGUUUCUUCGGACUAUCGGAUUUUGCGAGAAAAGAACGAGAUAUCCGUCUCCCGUCUGUCUGUCUCUCUGCCUAGGUGUCUGGGCACCGGCGAGACAGGACCAGGUGUCAGCCCAACCCUGGAGACGGAGAAGUACAGAGCAGUCCGGAUGUCAUGUCAAUCGAUCAGCCGUUCAUCUUGCAGUCAGCCUGCCGGUCUGUCAGUUUUGCCAGAUGGUGAAGGGUGGGAGGAGUGUUUCGUUGUCUGGACGCCUGGAGAUGACGCAGGGCACACUGCACUAUCAAGACACGUUCCACAGGAUAGUCUGAGGCUUUCUUGGGGCUGGCAGAAAUAACCGGGGUGGCUUUUCUCUCGAUCUUCCUCCGUGGCAUGGAGAUAAGGGGUGGCCUGGUCUGCGAGGCGUCGGUCACCGUCAGAGACGUGGAAGCUGGCUGCCUCGGGGUCGGCCGGUAAAUGAAGUCAAGCCCAAUUUUCGAUUCACGCUCAUCAUUUGUUCGACACAUCCUUCUAGAAUGAAACAAAGUCUAUGUUCUGCAUGUCACAAGAGAUUACUAUUACGAGG